AUGGCCGCGAAGUCGGAUGGCGAGGUGGCCGCGGCCGGCUCGGGGCCGGAGGGGGCGGCGGCGGCGGCCGGGGGCGCCCCGGAGGCGGCGGCGGGCGCGGGGGGCGCGGCGGGGGCGCCCGGGCCGCGCUACGAGCUGCGCGACUGCUGCUGGGUGCUGUGCGCGCUGCUCGUGUUCUUCUCCGACGGCGCCACCGACCUGUGGCUGGCGGCCUCCUACUACCUGCAGGGCCAGCGCACCUACUUCGGCCUCACGCUGCUCUUCGUGCUGCUGCCCUCGCUCGUCGUGCAGCUGCUCAGCUUCCGCUGGGUCGUCUACGACUACGCCCGGCCCGCCCCGGCCCCGGCAGCGGCCCCCGCCGUCAGCACCAAGGACAGCGCCCUCGGCCCGCGCGCCGCCUUCAGCACCAAGGACAGCGGCCCCGGCCCCGGCCCGCGCGCCUUCGCCCGGCCCGACCCCGACCCCGACCCCAGGCCCGCCGCGCCCGCAGCUUCCUCCUCGGCCCGCACUCUCCGCCGCCGCUGCUGCCGCCUCUGCGUCUGGCUGCUGCACACCCUCGUCCACCUCCUGCAGCUCGGCCAGGUCUGGAGGUACCUGCACGCCCUGUACCUGGGGCUGCAGAGCCGCUGGCGCGGGGAGCGGCUGCGGCGCCACUUCUACUGGCGGAUGCUGUUCGAGAGCGCCGACGUGAGCAUGCUUCGCUUGCUGGAGACCUUCCUUCGCAGCGCCCCGCAGCUCGUGUUGCAGCUCAGCUUCCUGGUGCACCGUGGUGAGCCCGACCUGCUGCCGGUCCUAUCCACCUCCGCGUCCCUGGUGUCCCUGGCCUGGACACUGGCCUCUUACCAGAAGGUGCUGCGGGACUCACGGGACGACAAGCGGCCGCUGUCCUACAAGGGCGCAGUGGCCCAGGUUUUGUGGCACCUCUUCACCAUCGCCGCCCGCAGCCUGGCCUUCGCGCUCUUCGCCAGCGUCUACAGGCUCUACUUCGGCAUCUUCAUUGUGGCGCACUGGUGCGUCAUGACCUUCUGGGUCAUCCAGGGCGAGACGGACUUCUGCAUGUCCAAGUGGGAGGAGAUCAUCUACAACAUGGUGGUGGGCAUCAUCUACAUCUUCUGCUGGUUCAACGUCAAGGAGGGCCGCAGCCGCCGCCGCAUGACGCUCUACUACUGUAUCGUGCUGCUGGAGAAUGCUGCGCUCACCGGCUUCUGGUACUUCAGCCGCAGCGUGGCCGACUUUCGCUCGCUCAUCUUGGUGUGCGUGGUGGCCUCCAGCUUUGCGCUGGGCAUCUUCUUCAUGUGCAUCUACUACUGCCUCCUGCACCCCAACGGGCCCAUGCUGGGCCCCCAGGCUCCGGGCUGCAUCUUCCCCGAGGCCCCCGGUCCUUGUGGUCCCCCAACAGAGCCCAUCACAAGUCCCCCCAGGUCCCUACCCAGGACUACAGGCGCUGAGCGGGAUGGGAUCUCCCUGGGGGGUGAACGUGCGGGGACCCCCACACCACCUGUCUUCCAGGUGCGGCCAGGCUUGCCUCCCACCCCCGUGACCCGCGCCUUGCGGACAGAGGGGCCUGUCAUACGGAUUGACCUGCCCCGCAAGAAGUACCCUGCUUGGGACGCUCACUUUAUUGACCGGAGGCUUCGGAAGACCAUUCUGGCCCUGGAAUACUCCUCUCCCGCCACGCCCCGGGUGCAGUACCGGAGCGUGGGGACCUCCCAGGAGCUGCUGGAGUAUGAGACCACGGUGUAG